CGGGGCAACGCAUACACACGCAUGAUGGCUGCCCUUCGAAGGUGCCUGAGUAAACUUAGGAUAAACUGUUCUCGCUAUGCAUUGUACCAGAGUGUAAGUGGUUUGAAGCAGAAAGACACACAACUUCCAAGGCCCUUGACCAGCUAUGCUAAUGAGGGGAACAGUCAAAUUAUACAUCCGGCUUCCUCCGCUCUCACUAACUUCUGUCGCACCUGUACCACAUCUGCAGCAUCUGAAAAUAAAUACCAAUUACUUCGAAUUGAAAAUUUGCCCAAGUUGAUCAGCAAGAGUGAUGUUGAAACGUUUCUAGAAAAACAUGGAGCAGUGGAUUGCCGAAAACAAGGCAUAAGAGCUAUUGUUAAAUUCUCUAAGCCUGAAAUGGUCUAUACAGCAGCAGACAACUUGAAUGGAAUUGUCUUUGAAGGAUUCCAGCUGAAGGUUAUGGCCAGCGAGAACAAAUGUAAGCUGCGUAUCCUGAAUGUACCCGAGGAAUGGGAUGCUGCCGAGCUGGAACAGCUUUGUAAACCAUACGGAGAGGUCCUUGAUACCAGCAUCAGUUCUGUUUGGCUUGCUAACUUUAACUCUGCAUUAGACAUGGAGACUGCUGCCAGUGUGUUGCAAGGCUCCACUUUUGAAAAUACUGUGAUUAGGGCAAAAGCCUGUAAACUGGACUCCAGAGAGAAAGGGCCUGGUCCCUACGAUGUGUUCCGACAGAGAGACUAUACGCCAAGGGUCACAGACGACACACAAGACAUGACCACAGAAAGUGACGGGACUGAUGAACUCUACCGCAGUGUUGUCCUCGAGGUUAAAAGUCACGACGUUGCAGUCUUAAAUAGUUAUACUGCAUUUGUGAAGAUAACUACUAGAUUUCUUAACAUAAAUGUUGUAAAGAUAUACACACCACCAAAAGCGAUUUCAAAAUACACUCUGCUAAAGUCAGUCCACAUUUACAAGAAACAUAGGGUGCAGUAUGAAAUGAGGACUAACUUCCGUGUCAUAGAGUUGGAGAAAUUAACAGGAUCCACAGCAAAUACAUUUCUUGAGUAUAUAGAACGGAACCUCCCAGAGGGUGUAGCGAUGAAGGUCACCAAGUUUGAACUGCAGACCCUCCCAGAACAUAUAGUGCCACCUCAGCCGGAAUUAACAGCAUAGCAGCAAUAUGUGCACAUGCAUAUGUUAAAUGGACAAUUUAUAUUUAGUGAACUUGUAAAAAAAAGGUGUCAGAUGUAAGGUCAAAAUAAAUAUACAUACGAACAGUU